AUGGGCGAAAGAAAAGUUUUCAAUAUAAUUAAAGCUGUUCCAGGUGUCGGCCUAGCGUAUGGUGUUGUACGAGGUGUAGUUUAUGCCGCAAAAGGUGACGCACAUGAAGCGAAGCAUUCUGUUACAAUGGACUUGGCAGAUUUGAAUCCUCUACGAAUGCCAAGAAAUCUUGCACAUGGUAUCGCCAGUGUAACGAGCGAUUUCGAUAGAGGCGCUUGGAUCGGAAAACGACCGAUUGGUAGACAAUUUAUUGGUGUUAAUAUCAGUCCUGGUAUUGACGGGCUUCAUUGGUGUAUUCAUAUUAAUGGAGUGAUUUAUCAGUUAGUUCUCGAUAAAAAUCAUGAUGUUAAAGUUCUUAUAAGUUCGAAAAACGAAAGGAACGAAUGGUAUGAACGGGAUUGUAAGGAAUAUUCAUGGUAUCUGAUCAAGACAGAAUUGGAAGAUUUUGAUCCAGACGUAUUAAAAGAUUAUGCAAAAUCCUUUGAAAGUCGCGAAUAUCGAGCACUAAUCGCAACAGGAGAUAAAAUAAACUGUCAAUCCUUCGUUACUCGAAUAUUUGCAACAGCAGCGAAUAUAUCAAUUGACAAAGCACGAAGUACUAUUCUUCUGGUUGUACCAAAUAUUUUAUUUUGA